GGUCGAGUCAUUUUUGAAACAUGAAGCGCGGCAUUGCAACGCCCCCGACGUCCAAGAAAUCUCGCAAUGAGUACACGGCGGCCAACGCUGCGGACGACAGUGACGGCGACGACUUGGUCUUUGAAGAUCCCUACGGUGACGAUCUUGAGGACGAAGAAAUGGUGUCGGACGGCGACGAAGAGGUCGUGAACAAUGACGACGACGAUGACGAGAACGACAUGGACGUGGAUUCGGGCAACCUACCGCCCCUCCAAAACGACGACGACGAAGCGGAAGCACCCAAAAAGGUGUGGUUGCCGAACGUGGAAAAGCUUGGCGAGGAUGAAGUGCUCGACUACGACGCGUCCGCGUACGACUUGUACUACGCCAUGACCGCAGAAUGGCCAGCGCUGAGUUUGGACAUUAUCAAGGACAACUUGGGCGCGUGCCGUACUAAGUUCCCCAUGACAAUCUACGUUGUGGCGGGGUCCCAAGCGCCGAAAGCUGCCGACAACAAAAUCACUGUCAUGAAGAUGUCCGAACUGCACAAAACCAAACACAACAGCGACCCGGAUGACGACUCGGACGACGACUCGGACGACGACGACGAAGAAGGCGACCCGGUGCUUGAGUCCCGUUCCAUUGACCAUCGUGGCGGCGUGAAUCGCAUUCGCGCCAUGCCGCAAAGCUCCAACAUCGUUGCCACGUGGGCAGACACGAAGCGCGUGCACAUUUACGAUAUUGCGAAACAGCUCCAGUCCUUGGAUGGCAAAAACCCCGCGGGAUUGAGCGCUCAGGCUCCACCCGUGUUCACUUUCACAGGUCACGCCGACGAAGGGUUUGCGAUGGACUGGUCCCCUGUGACAGCCGGGUCGUUGCUCACGGGCGAUUGCUCCAAGUACAUUUACCACUGGGUGAACAACGGCGGGUCGUGGGUCGUUGACAAGGUACCAUUCACGGGCCACACGUCGUCCGUGGAGGACAUUCAGUGGAGUCCGACCGAAGCGACGGUCUUCGCUUCGUGCUCGUCGGACAGGACCGUUCGCAUCUGGGACAUCCGCACCAAAGCUCGUUCCAUGCUGAGUGUCGAAGCGCACGAUCAAGAUGUGAACGUGAUCACGUGGAACCGCAAUGUGGGGCACUUGAUGGCGUCUGGAUCGGACGAUGGGUCGUUCAAGAUUUGGGAUUUCCGCAAAUUCCAAUCGGACAGCCCCGUGGCGCACUUUCGCUACCACACGGCGCCCGUGACAUCGAUUGAAUGGCACCCUACGGACGAAUCGAUGCUGGCCGUGUCUGGCGCAGACAACCAGAUCUCGAUCUGGGAUAUGUCUGUUGAGGAAGAUGCCGAAGCUGCAAAUGCCACGACGGCUAAGCUGGAUGUGCCCCCACAGUUGUUGUUUAUCCACCAAGGCCAGACGGACAUCAAGGAAUUGCACUUCCACCCGCAAUGCCCUGGCCUCUUGGUUAGCACGGCGGCCGACGGCUUCAACGUGUUCAAGCCCGCCAACAUUUCCUAACUUAGUUUAUAAUCGCACCAUUGCCCGUGUCACCCUUUGGUGUACAUGUGCUCGUUCAUGGC